AUGCCGACCUCUCGAUCGUGUGACCAAUGUUAUGUGCAGAAGAAGAAGUGUCAACGGGAGGGAGGCCUCGCCAAAUGUAUCCGAUGUGCCCACCUUGCUCUGGAUUGCUCGACGGCUCGCUCUUCCCGUCCACCGGGCCGUCCUGCACGAUCUAAACUUCUUGGGCCUGCUGCAGAAAUUCAAGUGUGGGCCUCACAAGAGCGAUCGCCUGCUUCACAGACACCUGUUUCGCAAAACACGGAGGUCCAGAGGACCUCUCCGCUUUCGCAGAGUACUUCUACCGAUACAGCUUCAGAGCAAGGCUCUUCAGUAUUUGAUCAUAUCAGCAGCCCAGUCAGCCAUGGCGUUCAAUCAAGACUACCGGAUAUUCUUCAAGAGCUUGGUCAGAACCAACAACAACUCACGCCGGCGCCAGAACCCACGGACGAGGAGUUCUAUGAGUUGAAUGAUAUCUUCAUGAUCGGCCCAAGCUUUACCAAAACAUUUCGCCAAGCUUUGAAUUAUUCCUACUUGAAAGCUCCUCAUAUUCUGCGGGACAUGUUCUCUAUCAUGAUCAGAUACAUGACGAACACUAUGAAGCCGAAUACCACUGCUCCUGCCCAUGUAGAGAUCGCUGGAGUUGCAGAUCUGCUGCGAAAAUUACAAGUCACGGAAAUAUCCAAUGAGAAUGACGCGUUGGCUGUACUGGUUCUCGGCCAGAGCUUGGCCGCUUUGGACACUUUUAUUGUUUCUACCGGGUCAAUGCUUAUCCUGCGCCAUUCGCUCUAUCUGGUCAAGCCGUGGUAUCCCCACCUGGCUCAGGUGGACUUUCUGGAUCCUGUCACAGUGACCCCGAUAUUUUGGGAGAUACUUGAAUGUUUGAUCAAGCGGGAGACUCCGAUAAUUCGACCUCGGAUCCAUCGGCCUCACGUUGUCGACCGGUUGUUCGGGUUUUGUGUUUCCUUGAUGCCGAUACUUUACGAUUUGUGCGAAGUGAGCCACGAAAUGAAGGUUCAAUCCCAACCGGAUAGCCAUAACCUGGAUGUCAUCGAGCAAAAAGUCCUGUCUUGGACCCCUGAUGAAUCAUCUCUACAUAGUUCGAGGUUUACCGACUCCGAGAUCAUGCUACUGAGGGCUCAGGCCGCUAUAUACCGAUCUGCCACUCUACUGCUCAUUCAUCGCAUCAAGUACCCACUAUCUUGCCAAGAUGGGAUUGCAGUAUCUUAUGCAAACGAUAUUAUGGAGGAGAAAGAUAAGAUUCUUCUAUACGGUGGGCCCGAUACAAAGCUCCAGUUUGGCUGUUUCCCUUUAUUCUUGGCGCUGCUUGAGAUUCCAUUGCGGCCAGAAACCCUCUGGAAGAGUUUGACGAGGCUUUCUUACUGUCCAGCGUGCGCUGAGCAGUUCUUUGCCUUUCACAAGUAUUUCUGGCAACGAAGGUGGGAUGGGUUCAAGGGCUCUUUAUUUGACCUCAUUGACAACGGGCCCACGUUCAUGGCUGUGCCGUAA